UUUUCGAGUAACAACCUUGAUCGCGCAUCGUCAUGUGUUGCAACCUUAGCUGACUAAGCGUCCAAUUCGGGACAGCUCCUCAACCACGAGCCGAACGUCUUCACCCAACCUCCAUGGACCGCUGACCACGCCGCUUGAUGCAACGCCCUCCCAUUGCCUGCAGCAAGGCAGUGCAAUCGCUCAACUCGCCGCCGCAGCCUCACAUCUGGAUCCCCGACGAGCUUCUCUUGCGGACUCUGCACCGCUUUUUCCGCGCCGGAUGCACGCAUCAAAAACGCCAUGGCAGCCACGUCCCGGGGCCAUUGGAGGCCAGGAGGAGGGCCGUCAAGCGCAAAUUGAGUGUGCAAGCCAGCCUUCCACAAGAGGGUUUUGGGGUGCCGUUGUUCGACCUCAAGGCGUUGUUCGGUGCGCGGUCCGGCGGGAACCCGUCUUGGAGAUAUGAGGCCCCGUCGUUGUCCACGGCUUCAGACCCGCGUGGUAUACCCUUCGACAUUAGAAACGUACCCCCAGAGCCGCCUUUCCCGAGCGCAGUCCCUGCCCAAAAUCAUGACCGGAAAGCAUCGGCGCACAUGGAGACUAUGAUGGACUGGGGAAGCCAUCCGAGUAAAGAGAUGUCAGAAGAGAGAGAUGCACAAGAUGCCGUGGAGGUUACCGUCAGCCUGGACCUCGAGAUUAGGGCCGUCGAGGAUCGCCUGCGACUAUCCAGCAACGUCGAAAGCUUUCUCGCUCACUUUGAUGCCUGGCUGCGAUUGGCAGAUCAACUCCCGCCUUCAGAGCGACGAAAAGCAUUAGUGAGGUGUUGCGGAAAGGGGUAUGCCAUAGAAGACCAAGGGCCUCUUCUGACAUUGCGAAUCCUCGAACGGCUCACCCGCAGCCAUUGGAGCCCGAGAGACAUUGCCCGAUGGCUGUCGCAACCCGGGGUCCCUUUACCGUCAUUGGGGACUCAUGAAGGUACUCGAUUGCUGCGGCACCUGCGUGUUCAAUUCGACCGCUUGAUAUUGCCCCAAAGCGACGGCACCUCAAGAGCUGGCGGUGGACACGCAAUUGCAACCCUGUAUAAGAAGAUUGCAACACCGCUCCUUUGCAAGGACGUCCUUGAUGCUGAUACCUGUCGGCUUCUUUAUUGGGCAAGAUGGCAAAAGCUCCUCCUUGAUCACCGCAAUUCUAUUGAAGGUUCAGCAUUCCAAUCCUUGCAGUGGCUCGCGAACUUCCUGUCCAGUACGCGUACCUAUAGACGCCAGACCCGCACCUUUCACCAGCAGGUUGUGAACCACCUAUCCCGAGUGGUCCAAUCUGAUUCUCUAAACGUAGCCUCGUCAGGGCAGAUUUGGGAUCUCGUCCCCACGCAAGCUCUGAAGCUCGUCGAUGCCCAAACGAAAGCUGCGAUUACCGGAGUCAACUCGGUCUACGCUGGACACGACAUCCGCGUCCACCACGCCAACGUUCAAUUCCAGGCCAUAUUGGAUCGCGCACGUUCGGCCAACGUCCUCCCGCCGUCCUACUGGAACGAAACCAUCGACGCUCCAAGUUACCGCCGCGCGGAAAUCAUCCACGAACUCGCUCACCGCUACUCCAUUAACCACACACGCAGUUCGACGCAUAACUGGCGUGCCGUGAAACAACUUCACAGAUAUCUCGUUUCCUACGAUCUCCCUAUGAAACCGCUCUUUACGAAGGCCUUGGUAAGGAUCUGUCUUGCGGAGGCUAUGACGAGGAAUAAGUUUGUGAAUGGUAAGACGAUGGCAUGGGUGGUGGAGCAAGUGGCGAAGGUGGAAGGGGCGGAUGUGGCGAGGAGCAUCGAGUACCAGUUUUGGGUAUGGAGGGGUGGGUUGAUUGAGAAGGCUAAUCGGGUGGCUCGAGGGCUGGUGGGGCGGAAUGGGGGCACCAAGGUGCGUGUAAAUACGCUCAGAAGAUUGGGGCUGCUGCGGUGAAUAUAGGAAGAGGGCGCAUCUCGCGUCUGUGUAAAGCAUGGGAGUCAUGUUGGGAGAGAUAUUCAGCGGUUUGCGCGAGCUUUACAGACUUUCCGGCCUGGAUGAAAUACUAAUAGAAACGCC